AGUCGCGGCGCGGACGGGCCCGUCUGGCGGGUUCCAGCCCCGGCUUCCCGGAAUUGGGCUCAAGUCCGGGGCGGCGAGCAUGGCUCUCCCGAGUAGGCACUUGCGCGAGCUCCAGGGAGCUCUGCUCCCACCCAAGGACCCGGCGGAGGACCCGGAGCAGGACUCUGUAAAGGAGGAGGUGGAGGAAGAUGACCUGGAGUUUGUGGACGCCGAGGAGCUCUGCAGUGGGGGUGUAAAGCCUGGCAGCCUACCUGGGUACCGCCGCGCUGUAAUAUUUGAUGACAGCACUAAAAAAACAUUCGAUGUGUUGGGACGUUUUCCAAUAACUGGUCCUUGGUGGCGAGUGAAAGUGCGAGUAAAGCCUGCAGGAUCGAACUGCUAUCAAGCUCAAGGAUUUCCAUCUUACUUUUUACAAUCUGAUAUGUCACCUCCAAAUCAAAAGCAUAUCUGUUCCCUCUUUCUUAAAGAUUGUAACUUUCCCUCAGAUAACAUAACUAAAUUUUUAGCAUGGGUAAAUGCUGUAUCAAGCUAUGAAAACCUCAACUUUGGAAAUAUUAGGGAAACAUUAAGAACUUUCCAAAAGGAAAUUGAAAAGAAUGAUCAAAAACAAUCUAUCCAGAGUGAACAGGAAGACCCACUACCAGAUUAUGUAAGGAUCCUUCCUCUGGAAAGCACAAUCCCAUUUAUAAGUGCAAUGACAGCUUUGCAGUUUCCCAAAAUAAUGGAAUUUCUGCCAGUUCUUCUGCCUCGACACUUUAAACAGAUCAUAAGUUCAAGUUCAAAAGAGGUGUUGGAAGCGAUAGAAGAAAUUUUAAUUACACAACCAUGGAAACUUGGAUUUAGUAAAAUAACCUACAGAGAAUUGAAACUUCUGAGAUGUGAGGCAAGUUGGAUGGCAUUUUGUCAUUGUGAGUCCCUUCUUCAGCUGAUGAUGGAUUUGGAGAAGAAUGCAUUAAUAAUGUAUUCCAGACUGAAGGAGCUAUGUCGCGAAUACGGGCAUACAUGUGUUGAAGGAAAUGACUUAAUAUCUCAGUUGUCAGAACACAUGUCUUUUCAAGAUGCUUGUCAGUCUCUGACAUUUUUGAAGGAUAUUGGUGUGGUCGUAUGCGAGAAGGCCUGUGUCUUUCUUUACGAUCUUUACCAGGCUGAAAAAGGCAUUGCCUCUUCAAUAAGUGACCUGAUGACAAAACCUCCAUGGCAUUUGAACGUGGAUGUCAAAAAGGUGCUUGCUUCUAUUCCCACCACAAAACCCGUGGAUACAAGCAGUGAUAACACAUUAAAUGAAAGUAAACCUGAGGAAACAAAAUUAGAAAAUUCUGUGGAUGUUCUGGAAACACAGGACAGCUGUGACCAUAUUUGUAAUAAUGCUGAAAAUGAAAUUAAUGCAGAAAUAAGUGAAGCUCAACUGGACCAGGAUCAGGUAACUGCUUUGGAAAUGAUUUGCUCCAAUGCUGUGACCGUCAUAAGUGGCAAAGGUGGGUGUGGGAAGACCACAAUUGUUAGCCAUCUUUUUAAGCACGUAGAACAGUUGGAAGAAAGGGAAAUUGAAAAAGCUUGUGAAGAUUUUGAACAAGACCAGGAUGUACCAGAAGAAUGGUUUACCUUUACUGAGGAAAAUCUGCAGAAAGCCGACAAGGCUAUAGAAGUUUUACUUACAGCACCUACAGGGAAAGCAUCUGCCCUACUAAGAGAGAGAACUGGUUUCAACGCCUAUACACUAUGCCAGGUCAAUUAUAGCUUCUAUCUGUGGAAGAAAAAUAUGAACACCAAGGACCGGCCAUGGAAAUUUUCUUCUGUUAGAGUUCUGGUUGUGGAUGAAGGGAGUUUGGUAUCUGUGCAGGUCUUCAAAUCCGUUUUAGAUUUAUUGUGUGAGCAUGCCAAACUUUCUAAGCUUAUUAUCCUUGGUGAUAUUAGGCAGUUACCCAGCAUUGAACCUGGUAACUUGCUGAAAGAUCUUUUUGAUACCCUUAAGUCAAAAAAUUGUGCUGUUGAAUUAAGGAAAAACCAUAGAGCGGAAUCUGAGCUAAUUGUUGGUAAUGCUACAAGAAUCUCAAAACGCCAAUUUCCAACAUUUGAUGCAGAGCUGAAUAUCUUUGAUAAUCCAACAGUUCCUGUCUCAAUUCAAGAUAAAACAUUUAUUUUUGUCAGACUUCCAGAAAAGUGUGAUGGUUCUCAGUUAUCAAAUAAUGAUUUUGAGUCACAUUAUUUAUAUUCUGCGGUUAGAACUUUACUCAAAGAAAACGACUUACAAAAUGCAAAAACAUCACAAUUUAUUGCAUUCAGAAGGCAAGAUUGUGAUGUGAUCAAUGCCUGCUGCUGCAAGUACUACUUGGGUCGUCUGACUAAAGACUGUCGGAAUAGAACUGUAUUUGGAAUUGGUGAUAAAAUCUGUUGUACCAAGAAUGCAUAUCUCUCAGACUUACGCCCGGGAAAUACUUCCAGCAGUCAGCAAAAUAACAAACUGGAUGCCAGUGGUGAAGACCUUAAUGGUACGCCUCAUGGUUUUGCUGAAAAUAAGCAUGACUUUGAAAGUGAUCUUCGACUCUGCAAUGGAGAAAUAUUUUUCAUAACAAAUGAUGUCACUGAUGUGACCUUUGGAAGGAAAAGAUUUUUGACCAUUAAUAAUAUGGCUGGCUUGGAAGUAACUGUGGAGUUUGAGAAACUAAUGAAACAUUGUUGCAUAAAACAUGCAUGGGCAAGGACUAUUCACACUUUUCAGGGGUCUGAGGAGCAGACUGUGGUCUAUGUGGUUGGGCACGCGGGCCGCCAGCACUGGCAGCACGUAUACACUGCGGUCACCCGGGGCCGCAGCAGAGUGUACGUCAUUGCACAGGAGUCUCAGCUCCAGAAGUCAAUUAAGAAUAAAAGCAUUCCCAGAAGAACUCGUUUGAAACAUUUUUUGCAAGACAAACUCUACGUGAACUGUGCAUCUUCAGCAGAUUUUGCAUCCCCAUCAAAGAAUUCUGCAGAUAUGGGAGGCCCCGGCAACAUGCAGGCCUCAUCAUUGCCGCUCCCUGUAGCCCCUGUGGCUGGGUACAGGACACCCCCCAAUAAGAUGAGUCCAGUCAAGGAGGCAUCACUAUCUCGAGGUCCCAAAAGAACCUGUGGCAUGGAUGAAGAUGAAAGUCCAAACAAAAUCCUUAUGCUGGAAGAAUCAUCUCCACAAGUAUCUUCUAGACUUCAGAAUUUGAGACUCAAUUGUUUAAGCCCCAAGCAACUUUUCAAACCUACCAACAAUCAAGAAACUUAACUUUAUUUCGGAUUAUUCAAAAUAAUUGUCUAUUCCUUGGCACAUAUCAAAAAAACAAGCAACAACAAAUGUUGGCAAGGAUGUGGUAAAAAAAAGGAACUCUCCUACAUUAUUGGUGGGAUUGCAAACUGAUCCAACCACUAUGGAAAGCUGUCUGGAGGUUCCUCAGUCUACUAAAAAUGGAGCUACCAUAUGACCCGGCAAUUCCACUCCUGGGGAUCUACCCAAAGGACACAAAAACAUUGAUUCAAAAGAAUAACCGUACCCCUAUGUUUAUUGCAGCACUAUUUACAAUAGGUAAAACCUGGAAACAACCCAGAUGCCCAAAAAUCGAUGACUGGGUCAAGAAGAUGUGGCACAUAUACACAAUGGAAUAUUACUCAGCAAUCAAAAAAAGAUAAACUCAUGCCAUUCACAGCAACGUGGAUGGAGCUAGAAGGAAUUAUGCUCAGUGAAAUAAACCAGAAGGAAAGAAAAAUAUCAAAUGGUUUCACUUAUAGCAGGAAUAUAGGGGAACCAAAAAGGACAUCAGUGUAAAAAAAUACAGUAAUAGUAUAAAACACAACAAAGCAAAAACAGACGAUUAUAAAUCAGAGACAUCCUGCAGGGGAGGAGGAGGGAGAGGGAUC